CGCCACUACCAAUCACCAUGGCGCCCAACGCAGUUCCAGACACUCGGGAGGUGGCUCGCAUCGACACAGGCUCCACCACCUGCCAAAUCUGCUUUGAAGAGCUCACGUUAAAGAGCCAAACGACUGUCACUCGCUUCUGCUCAACAACCUGUCCCGCAGUCUUCUGCACGUCAUGUCUGGAGAAGCACCUGCAACUGGCCAUGGAAGUCCCAUACGCGGGAGCACUACCCAAGAUCCGUUGUCCAAUUUGCCUCAUCCCGGUGAACAGACAACGAUGGAUUCGCUGCUUGGAACCCAAGGCGGCAGCAACAGAACUCCUGAUUCAACGGUAUUGGACACUAAGCAAGGCCUCGUGCAACUUCACCUGUCCGGGUUGCCACAACGCUCAAUACACACAACUGCCAGAGUUCUAUCAGGAUUCCUAUAGAGACUACGCUAACGCUGAGGCUCUCACACUCCGACCCAGCGAGAAAACUCGCAUUCCAGAGCUUCGACGCGUUGUCCGUCGAUUUUGCCACCACAGCAAGACUUCCACUGCACGCGAUGUAAUCCGAUACGUCGCCGAUAACUUUCCAGCUUCCAAGACUAACUGCAUAAUUCACAAAGUACUCUCGCGUAUUCAGGACGAGGAGCGGCGAGCGACGCUGUUGCUGGCCUACCACAGCAUCCACCGCCGCGUUGUGAGUCGUUGCUGUGGGUUCUUUGUUUGCUUUAACUGCAAGCGUACACUGUACGAUGCCAGCACACCAUGUGCAUGUGAAGAGGAAGAUAAGGAGAUGAUCAGCGAUGAAGACAUCAUUGAAUGUCGCUCUUGUCGUGUGAUGAUCGUCAAAGUUGAGGGGUGCAGCAGCGUCUGGUGCAUAUGCGGCUUCUGUAUGAGCUGGACUGACGAGCAGCGCAUUAAAAAGCUCAACCAACGAAAGCUGCUCCCAGUGGACCCUUUUGACAUGACGAUGUAUGACUACUGGACUUCGUGGCACUACAAUUUCCAGUGCGCUACCGGCGAGGACUACUGGGAACUUCGCCAGUCGGCCAUUCUCCACAGCCUCAACAAUUCUCACCCAGUCUUCCGUGAAAAUCUACGUCAAUUCAUCUGGAAGCGGCGAUUCCGCCAGUCGAUUAUGGGCGCUGAGUUGGCACUGCGACACAGGUUCAUGCUCCGGUGGUAUCCUGCCGUCACGGAGUCACUCCGAACUCUAGUUUGGCGUCGACGUCGCUUCCAUCGGAAGCUGCUGGACGAAUCCCGCACAGCUUUUGUCGUUCGCAGUGCUCGUCGUGAAGGAGACAGACUCAAACCCGUUCUGCUCAAGUUCAUGUGGUACUGCCGCUUCCACAAUAAGACAGUGACACCAAGCAGCACCGGCGGAAACAGGAUUUGCGCUUCAACUCGGGUCAACUCGGGCCAAUUCGGGUCAACUCGGGUCAACUCGGGCCAAUUCGGGUCAACUCGGAUCGACGCCCGCAUCGCAUUUCCCUGCAGCGACGGCGACAUCACCGCUCUGACUCACUGUUAUAGCUCUCGACUGCCCUGA